CGAAGAAACUACCUCACGGAAUCCAAAUCUUCGUUCGCUUCCCUUUUCUUGCAUUGCCCUAAUUCCUCAAAUUCCCCUCUCUUUAUUCUCCCAGAUCCCGGUAAACGCCUCCUUCGCCUUUUCCCUCCCUUUCUCAGGAAAAUUCUCCCAAUUUUCUCGAGAAAGUGAAACGGAAUUAUGAGCUUUCAGGACAUCGAGGCUGGUCGGCCCUUCGGUUCCAGGCGUGGCUUGACCAACGGCAAGCAGGACCCCACGCAGGCAGUGGCUGCCGGAAUAUUCCAGAUCAACACCGCCGUCUCCACCUUCCAGAGACUCGUCAACACCCUCGGAACCCCCAAAGAUACCCCCGAGCUCCGUGAGAAGCUCCACAAGACAAGACUACAUAUUGGGCAAUUGGUGAAGGAUACAUCAGCUAAACUUAAGCAAGCCAGUGACAUUGAUCACCAUGCUGAAGUUAAUGCAAGCAAGAAGAUCGCAGAUGCUAAACUUGCGAAAGAUUUUCAAGCAGUAUUGAAAGAGUUUCAGAAGGCACAACGUCUUGCAGCUGAAAGGGAAACAGCAUACACUCCUUUUGUUCCCCAAGCAGUCCUUCCUUCCAGCUAUACUGCUGGUGAAUUAGGUGUUGGUCCUGAUAAAUCACCAGAAGAGCGUGCCUUACUCGUGGAAUCAAGGAGGCAGGAGGUUUUGUUCUUAGAUAAUGAGAUUGCUUUUAACGAGGCCAUCAUUGAGGAAAGGGAGCAAGGCAUUCAAGAAAUACAGCAGCAAAUUGGUGAAGUUAACGAGAUCUUCAAAGAUCUUGCUGUGCUUGUCCAUGAGCAAGGAACCAUGAUUGAUGAUAUUGGCUCCAACAUUGAGAACUCCCAUGCAGCAACAGCACAAGCAAAAUCUCAACUUUUAAAAGCUUCAAAGACCCAAAGAUCAAAUUCCUCUUUGGUAAUGUAUCAAUUUCUAAUUGCCACAAAAUUACUAUACUCAACCUCCUUCCAUGAAAUGACUUUUUAUAUGUGGAAUCUCCAGAGGAGAUAUCUUCUAAAGAGGGUUUGACUAAUGGCCCUGACCACAGAAUGGAAUUUGAUUUAAAAAUGAUUUUGUAUUGACUUGUUGUGCUGAUGUAUUUACUUGCAAAAUUAAAUUUAUUAUGAUUACAGUACAUGACACGUAUUUUGGAAAUAACAAUGGAUUUAUUUGAAUAAACUCCUCCACAAGAAGAAAAUACGAAGGAAAAAUUAAUUGAACUUAUAUAAAUUUAAACUAGUUUACGGAUAAGCUAAUAUGUAGAAUUUCUCAAAAAUAUUUUUAACUUGUGCAUGAACUAAUUUUACAUUAUGGAGAAAAGUUUAUUUCAUUUUAUAUUAUUUUCUUCUUCUAGAAAUACUUAUAGAGAAACGUAUUCUGAACAUACUAUACAUGCAGCUUAAAUCUUUGUAGGUGGAUUAGCCUGUAAUUUUGUCUAUUAUUAUCAGUUUGCACAUUGCAAACAAUAUUUGUUUUCCAUUUUGAAAGUAGGAUUAUUGCAUCGUUGUCAUAAUAUGGAAGGGAAGAAGUGGUUGAUGGAAUAAGUAAUAGCUUAUGUAAUUUCCUACUUAAAGGAGUUAUCAUAGACUGUCUACCAUCUUGAAAGACUUGUUUGUACAUCGUUGGUCAAUGUUUAGUCUUUUUUUCACCCUUUUGAAAUCUUGGUGUAUUUCCCUUGUUAACCUUGUGCUCUUUUAUUUUCUCCAUAGACAUGCUUGCUUUUGGUGAUUUUUGGGAUUGUGCUUCUGAUCGUGAUCAUAGUUCUUGCUGCUUAGACAAAUAUUGUCUCAAUUCCAUUAUGAAGUAAAUGCAUAUAUACAGAGCAGCAGAUAUCAUCUUCCUUGCUGAAGAUAUAACUUGAUCGGUGUUUUGUUGGAUCUGGCGAUUGACUGGAGUUUGUUGCAUCUGAUUUCAGUACAAGAUGUGGGAAUUCCCAUGAUUUUGUUGUGGGAUGUUAUGUUCUCUCUAUAUGUUAGUGUUUGGGGUUUUCAAAUUUGUCACGACUUAUGUUGUAAGUUCUCUCCUUGUUUCUUUAAUUGAAAAGGUAUUAAUUCUUUCAUUUCCCUUGUAAAUGCAACACUGAAACUGGCUGGUUGUGCUGACUAAUCAGUAAAACCUUCGUAUAUGGUAAUAUGUUUCUCUUUUA